UUAUAGUUACCUUGUGAAGUGUUAUAAAUCACAAAGAUGUCUCAGGGAAAUGUAACUGUUACUGCGUCAACUACAACAACUAAAGUAUCUCCUGCUAUUCGUUUUGAUUCAAGCUACAUCAAAACUUUACCUGGAAUUUUAAAAGUUGCUGAAGCGGUAAGUGCUGGCAUACUGCUCCAAACUCGCCAUUUUCCUACUCCCAAGAUUGCUCCAAAAGUCUCAAGUUUAGCUGGUUUUAUAUCUGUGGAGACUGUUACGUAUGGAAUAGCUUGGUCACAUUAUACAUGGGCCAGUUUUGUGUUCAUAAGUGGAUUUUGCAUCACUGUUGUUUUGAUUCUUUUUUACCUUUUCCAUGUUGUUGAGACCCUACAUCAGCUGCCUUGGUUGAUUGUCGAAGGAUCUUAUGACAUAAUUUGGUGUGUGUUUUUCUUUGCUGCUGCUGUUGUUUCAACUAGAAAUGUCACGCAACAGGCCGCCUGGGGUGCUGCUGCUUUUUUUGGAUUUCUGGUUACAUUUAUUUUGAUAUACGAUGCAUUUCUCAAGUAUAAGCAAUGGAAAUCAGGUGGUCUUGCUCAAGGUGAAAGAACAACAACGAAUACCAACUAAAACAUAUAAUUGUAUCCAAUUAUAGCUUCUGAUUGGCCUCUCACGCACCAUGGACUGCAUGUGCCUUCACAGAUAGAAAUCCAGGGGAGGUAGAGAUGUUGGAUCAAAGGUUUGCUUCCCACUCUCCUGUAAGCCUGCAAUCAUCUUGUUGUACCGAAGGCUGUUUGCAUUUUCGAACAUAACUUCCUUUGUAAAUCUUGUUUAUCAUGAUAUGACAGACUGGCAUGUUUGUAAAUGACCUUUUAAGAUGUGAAAAAAUGAUGUUUGUAAUAAUUACUAUAUCGAUGUACCAUUAAAAUACAUUUGAAAGAAUUCAACUGUAUUUUAUUAAUAUAUGUGUUACCGUGAAAGACUGAAAUUGGAGAAUGUGAACUUUCUCCAUUGAUUCUCUGGUAAUAUUCAGUCUUUCACCAAUGUCUUAGGUAUGGAAUGUUGGUGUUCACCGUUUAAUGUUGACGUAAGUUGAAACUGAAAGCAAUUUUGAAAAGUUAUGUGAGGUAUUAGUUGAUGCUUUUCUUUGCAUUGCCAAAAACAUUUUCCUAACUUGGGUGUUAAGCAGCAGGUGUAUCAAAAUAAAUCGUAUAACUGCCAAAAUCCAUAUCAUUACUACUGAAUUACUUUGAUUUUGCUUUCUUUUCUGUAUUUGCUGAUUACUAUGUCUUGAUAUGCACUGCAAAAAAAUCUGUUGCUGGAUGAUAAACAUAAAUGUUGUAAUAAAAGAAUCAAGAUAUUCAGUUCUUAUAC